AUGGUCAACCUGAUGCUCAGAUUGACCGUGGUGGUGCAGGCAGCUCUUCUCCUGCUUGCACUGCAGAAUGCAGCCACGCCAGCCCACGCUUUCUGGGGCCGCGGUCGACCCAUCCCCGCCAACCCAGAAGAACGCAACCUCGCCCCUCACGUCAUCGACAUCUCCAACACGGCCGCUGCGAGCGCGUUCGAACACGCCGACGCCCCCUCCAAGCGAACCAACCACCCCAUCCUCAACAACGACGGCGACGAAGAAGAAGAAGAAGGCGAUGACGACGAUGACGACUUUGACGAGCUCGAGAUCAUCACCGUCUUCCUUCCCGAAGAUGCGGACGAGAACGACGAGGGCCUCAACGCGCUGCACAAGCGUGCUGGGCCAACGCCGUGUCCUGCCAACCACACGCGGCGUCAGGCGAGGAGUCUGCCCACGGCCAAUGCGCACGACAAGCGCGAGCCCAAGGUCGUGACGCGCACCAGGACUAGGACCAGGACAGUCACUGUGACGAGAACCAUCUACGAGACGGUGUACAGGAGAUGCACCGAGUAUGUGCGACGGGCGACGACGAGAAGGAGGAAGACGACGAGUACCAGGAGAAAAACGACGAGUACGAAGCGCAAGACGACGACGAGCAAAAGGAAGCCCUCUUCGACCCGGCCGGUGUUGGUCCAGACGACUUCGAGAAAGACGACGAGUACCAAGAGGACUACUUCAAGCACUCCUGCCACCACUCGCAAGACGAGCAGCUCGAGCACCAUCCGUGCUGUGACCACCUCGUCCACCACUCCCAAGCCUUCGUCCACCACCUCGACUUCUACCACCAAGUCGUCGACCAGCUCUUCUUCCACCUCCACUACCUCGUCCUCGUCGGUCCCACGAUCGCCCCCUUCGUCCACCUCUACUUCCACGACUUCGACGUCUACCUCGACCUCAUCGACCACUUCGAGCACCGUCACCCCGACCCCGACUCCCAAGGUCUACAGCUUGAUGGCCAACUACUACGGAGCCAACUUCUACAACAACAUGUACUUCUUCACCUACAAGGAUCCCACCAAUGGUCUCGUUGACUAUAUUGGCCGCGCCGAGGCUUCAUCCAUGGGUCUCGUCAAGACCACUAGCGGCGGUCAGGUGUACAUGGCGUAUGCAACUACUCGUGUCUACCCGCCUUCGUCGACGACUAGCUCCUCUUCCACUUCCACGUCCGCUGCCAGCUCGACGUCCACCUCGAGCGCUCCUAAGCAGCGUCGUGCCGCCUCGUCCUCGUCUUCUGCUUCAGUGAGCAGCUCGUCUUCCUCUUCCUCGUCCUCCUCAUCUUCGGCGGCGGCUGCUACGACUUCGAGCUCUUCGUCCUCGGGCGGAGACGUUCGGGUUCAGGCUGCGACGACGACGACGACGACAACGUCCACAAACUCCGGCUCCACAUCGAGCAGCAGCAGCACCACUUCGUCCUCCAGCGCCGCGGCCACCAGCUCUGCCGCACCUAUUCCCUACAUGAAGUCGGUGCGCGUGUCGUCGUACGACACUUUCACCACGGGAGUGUUCAUCCUGGAUGCCUCGCACAUGCCUGUCGGGUGUGGAACGUGGCCCGCGUGGUGGACGGUCCCCACCAACCCUGCCGGAGGAUGGCCCAACGGCGGCGAGAUCGACAUUGUCGAAGGCAUCUCGUUCACCUCGCAAAACACCUACUCGGUCCACACCGUGCCAGGGUGCAAAGUCAACGCGACAACCAACAGCCAGCUCGGGACGUACCAGCUGAGCAACCUCACGCUGGCGACCAACUGCGCCUCGGCCGAGACGGGCAACCAGGGCUGCGGCGUGACCUCAUCACUGCGCAACGACUACGGCACGGGCUACAACGCGCAAGGUGGUGGCAUCCAUGCUAUGGUAUGGGAUGCAGAUGAGGGGAUCAAGUCGUGGUUCUUUACCAGGAGCAAUGCACCUGCGGACAUUGCGGCGGGCAAGCCCGACCCAACCGGCUGGGGCGAGCCACAGGGUAGCUGGCCCGCCACCAACUGCGACCCGAGCAAGUUCUUCUUCAACCACGUCAGCGUGUUUACCAACACGAUCUGCGGCGAUUGGGCCGGUGACAAGACUCUGUGGAACAACGCCUAUGCUGGGCAGACGCAGAGCUGCGCAAAGAUGACCGGCUACCCGACCUGCCAGAGCUACGUGCAGAGCAAGGAUGUCGACUUCAGCGAGGCCUAUUGGCUGAUCAACUCGGUCAAGAUCUACCAGACGGUCAGGACGACGUGA